AUUGACAGAUUGUAAAUACUAAUGCUUUAUAUGAGUUAUAUAUCAUCACUAAUCAUCAUCAUCAUCAUCAGUGGCAUAAAAAUUACAAUGAAAGAUUGAUUGGUAAAUUUCCUUGUUUGUUAGUGUGUUGUAAGGAUUUCCCAUUAAUCCUACAUGUUUAUAAAAAUGAUUCAGGCUUCGACGUGAAUUAUGAUUUGGUUGGUUGGUAAUAAGUUAAUUUAAUUCGUUUAUUAAAGUUUAGAGCUAACUUAUUAUGAUUGCAUGAAAAUUGACUGAAGGGUUGUGUUUAUUAAAUGGAAAAAAAUAUGAAAAAAACCCGUGCACGAUGGGCGUCAUAUGUGUGUAUAUAUAUGUGGUGAAUGACAGGAUAUGAAUGUGGAAAAUUUCACCAUUAUUGACCGACGAUGUUUCACAACCAAUCAUCUCAUAUGACAAUAUUUAAUGAUAAAGGAAAGGCAGCCAAAAUCAAUGUUUGAGUCAUACUUAAUCUUAUCAAUAGAAGCUACAAUCGUCAAUAUAUGAUGAUUAUGGUCGUUCAAUUGAAUUUUGUUCACGAAUGAAAUCGGUUGUUUUUGUGAUGCCAUAUCAACCAUUUCGUAAACAACUUUUACUAAUUUAUUAUAACUGAAUGAAUGUACAAUCGAUUAAUUAGUAAUUAACAAUGUUAAAUCGAUUAAUCAAUAUUGUUACCUGUAUCCUAUUCAUUUCAUCAUUUUCAUUCAAUUUUCAUGAUUGUAAUGCAUCUUUUCAAUGCCAAGAUGAUGGCUUUUAUCCACAUCCAAAUGAUUGUGGUAAAUUUUAUCGUUGCGUUCAUGGUACACCAUAUUCAUUUGAUUGUGGACCUGGUACUCAUUACAAUCCUUCAAUAAUGACAUGUGAUUGGCCCUACAAUUCUGGUUGUCUUCAUUCUUCACGCCAAACAACUGGUAUUGAUUCACACAAUGCUGCUGCUAGUGAUCAAACAUCUAUUCAAUAUGCUCGUUAUGAGCAACCCGUUCAAAUCCACCGAAAUGAACCAAUCGUAAGACGGAAACCAACAGUGCUAAGGAAGCCACCCAUUUCAACAACUACUGCACUUCCACCUCGUUAUAUUGUUCCAGUUUCUCGUGCACAAUAUCAAUCGAAUGACAAUGACCAAACAUUGAUUCCACCGCCUCCAUCAUCAUUUAGACGCCCAAUAAUUACCAACACUGAGUCGAACAUAGAACGUGAACAAUCACGAUACAACCGAAUGGAUACUACAUUUGGCAAUCGAAUAAACAAGCCAACCGUACGAAAAAGUGAACGAAUAGUUUUGGCACCGAAAAACGUUUCUCCCAACCAAUUGUAUUAUGAUCCACAAACUGGUAUAUAUCAUCAAUUUCAUUAUGAAACAAGAUUUCCAAGCCAAAAAGCACAUUCUGAAUCGAACGGUCGUGCAAUACAGUCAAACGAAACUUAUCCACGUCAAUCGAGUGGCCAUAAUACUGAUCAAAUUCAAAAUUUUAAUCGUUCUAUUCGACCAGCUGAUUCUCUUAAUAUAGUUAAUCAAUCGCAUGAUAAGGCAAUUUCCGAUCCACAAUCACGUCAAAAAUCAUACGACCAUUCGUUUUGAAU